ACCAACUGCAGAAGAUAUUCAUAAUAAAUUAUCUGGAUGGUCUAUGAUAGUAUAUAAUAAUGCUGCAUACGAUAAUCAUGAAUUAGCAAUAUUAAAAGCAUUUCAGUCUGCAGAUGCAAUUAUUCCAACAUUAUCAACAGAAAUACCAACUUUCCAUAAAGAUAAACUUACAACACCGUCAAAAAAAGCUCGAACGUGA